CCCAGUAUUCCCAUUUUUUUGUAACCCGUCUUCUUAGGCCAGCCAAUAUUGUUUGAAUCUUGUACUCUAGUGAUGCAUGUAAUGUAUAUGUAAAUUUGAUAAAUAAUUUGAAGUGAGUUUCAGAAGUUGAGGAAGGUCUUAUGCUGAAUUUUCCAUGUCAAGUCUUGAUUCUAUAUUGUCUGAUGCGUAUGAAAUUUUCCAACUAGAGUAGCGUGUUGAUCAGAAGUCUCUGAAUCAAACCAUACAAGCUGUGAAGAAAUAGUACAAGUAGGUUAUCCGAGAGCCUUGAGUUUCCUGAAUGCGGAUUGUUCACUGUCGAUUGUUCUGAUCAACUUCGUCCGAGGAUCCAACUGAAAGAGGGAGCAUACUCGCUUGAAUUCGAAGGCACUCUGUCAUCUUCGAUUUUUAUAAAAAAAACACGGAGGAGCCUGCAACGAUGAAGUUUUCGACUACUCGAGUCUUCUCAUGAUCGCUCUCUGAAAUUUACAAUGAAUCAAAACUUCUGUAUCCUCCUCAUGAUUUUUGUCCUGUCAUCUGAAACCUCAUUGGUUUUGGCUGUGGACUUUUUCUACCAAAGCUGCAGUGUGCCCAUAACUUGUGGCCGCCAAGACAUUAGGUAUCCAUUCCACAUCCAAGGCAAGUAACAACCCUUUUGUGGGUAUCCUGGUUUCGAGCUCUCCUGCCAAGGCGGAGACGAUGACGGAGAAGCCUACCCAAUUCUCCAUUUGUCUGGUAACGAUUACAUAAUCCACAACAUCAGUUACCAAAGCCGUUCUCUUCUUGUCUCAAAUGUUCUGCUUUCACACUAUCUAAACAACUCUGCUUGUACUAACCUGUCGUUAAUCUACAACUUAACCCUCCAUAAUGAUCAGUUUAAGCUGGCUCCAAACCAAGAUCAAUUCAUUCUGCUCUACAACUGCAACUCUUCGUUUGUCGAUUCUUUUCCAAAGUACAAGAUUGGUUGUAAUAACACUUCGGUUCUUGCCGUGCCUCGGGAUGAAUACCCUGAAGUUGGAAAUGUCCUGCAGUCCCAAAAGUGUGGAUCGAGUGAGGUGGCGGCAGCGCAUGGUGGAGGGUACGGGAAUGGUGAGGCGGCGGGAAUGGAGGAGGUGUUGGGAAGAGGGUUUGAGAUCAAGUGGCUGGCUGGCGACUGCAGCCGCUGCCAGAUAAGCGGAGGGCUAUGUGGGUUUAAUUACACCACCUACCAUUUUAGUUGCCUCUGCCGCAGUAGGACUCAUUCCGUGCUGUGUGAGGACGAAGAUGACGAAGGUGGAAACUUGGUCGCUAAAGUCUCCAUAGGUGCAGGUGCAGGUGCUGGUAUCAUAUUUCUAAUCAUUAUCGGUUGCUGCUUAAGGGGAAAGUUAUCAUCGUAUAGAUUUCUUUUCUUUUGGAAGAAGCAAAACCAAAAUCGUCAGAUUGUAGAGGCCUUUCAGAGGAGCAACGGGCCGUUACAAGUACGAAGAUAUAGCUUCUCGAAGGUCAAGAAAAUGGCCAACUCCUUCAAAGAAAAAUUAGGACAAGGAGGCUGUGGUGCUGUUUACAAAGGUAAGUUAAAGGACGGCUGUCCUGUAGCAGUGAAGGUCUUGACCAAACUAAAAGGAGAUGGAGAAGAAUUUAUGAAUGAAGUGGCAGCCAUUAGUAGAACUUCCCAUGUCAACAUUGUCUCCUUGUUGGGCUACUGUUUUGAGGGUUCGAAGAGAGCUCUCAUCUAUGAAUUCAUGCCUAACGGAUCUCUCGAGAAAUUCAUAUUUGAUGCAAGUACUCCCAACGUAGGUCAUGAUCACUUGGGAUGGGAAGCAUUGGAUCAAAUUUCACUCGGCAUUGCUCGAGGGUUGGAGUACUUACAUCGUGGUUGCAACACAAGAAUUUUGCAUUUUGACAUCAAGCCUCACAACAUUCUUCUCGAUGAAAACUUCACCCCAAAAAUCUCGGAUUUUGGCCUUGCCAAAAUAUGCAACAAUAAAGAUAGUAUUGUGUCGAUGUUGGGAGCAAGAGGUACAGCAGGUUACAUUGCUCCAGAAGUAUUUUUUAGAAAUUUUGGAGGGGUCUCACACAAGUCGGAUGUGUACAGCUACGGAAUGAUGCUUUCGGAUAUGGUUGGAGGAAGAAGGAACAUCGAUGCUGAAGCUGAAAAUACAAGUGAAGUAUAUUUUCCGCAUUGGAUUUACCAGCGUCUUGAACGGGACAAAGAGCUUGGUCUGCAGAGUGUUAAGAACGAGGAAGACAAAGAAAGGGCGAGGAAGAUGAUCAUAGUGAGCUUGUGGUGCAUACAAACUGAUCCUUCAAACCGACCGGCGAUGAAGGAAGUGAUAGAUAUGUUGGAAGGGAGUGUUGAUUCGUUGCAGAUACCACCCAAGCCUUACUUGUCUUCUCCUCCAAAAUCCCCGGCAGAUUCUUCUACCACGUUGGUAUCAAUACAGUAGAAACCUUGUAUUUUGCUUGAACAAAUAUGUGUUUUUCUGAGGCAAUCUAGAUAAUGAAGUAUGUAUUUCAUUUUUGUUUUUGUUUUGUUUUUAUUUUUAUUUUUUAUAGAUGAAUGAAUCAAGACACUAGGAGUGAUCCUCCUACUACGCGUCCCGCAAUCAUAUAUAUAUUCAAAACAAAAUGUGUGAAACAUUUGCAUUAGUGGAUAGUAAUGCAUUGUGGAUACGUUCUUCCCUCUUGCCUCGUCUCCUACUUACACCAUCAAACCACUAGAGAAAAUGAGUCACAAACGACCAAAUUCGUUAUGACGUUUUACUAAAUUAAUUUCCAACGUUAGUACUAGGAGAUGCUUUUCAGCUAUGAAGCUGUUCGGUGAUCACACAAAUAAGAAGACCCGAAAGCAAGGCGGAACGCAACAUGUUUCACGACGCGACGAGUGAAAACUGAACAGUCGAUCCUUUCCGUAAUCUGUGUGGUUCAGAGGGGUUGCAAGGAUUUUUGAAUGCCAUCAUCGUGACGAGAAUGGUUUGAAGAGUCGGGAUCAAAGUCUUUCUGGUGUUGGUCAACGGGGAAGUUGAGAAGGAAACUCCCCUAAUAGACCGUGGAAUUUUACACGGUUCCCGCAAGUUUUCCAAUCUCCCAAAUUCCAAGUCAACUGGCGUGUUAAUAUACUGCAAACGAAGAAUUCUGAACGUCUAUACAAUUCAGCACUUUUGUUCUGAAUUAGAGGAGGAGUAGAUCUUAUUUUUCUUCCUCUGCGGGUGUUUUCUUGUUGUUGAUCAACUUGGAAUUUCCGGAUGGCUCCGGUGGCUUUGUUUCUCUCCGGUCUUGCUCACCUUGUGGUUCUGCACUGUGCUGGAUAUUCAGAUGAGGAACCAUCCAAACAUUGUCAAGCCCAAUUCUGCAGUGACAUAGCAGGCACCAUCAGAUUCCCCUUCACAAGCAUGGGAGAUCCUACUGAACGCGGAUUGUUCACAGUCACUUGUUCAGUAGCCUCUCGGCCAAAUAUCCAAUUGAAAGAGGGGAGAUACUGGCAUGAAUUCGAAGGUCCCUUAUCUACUACGAUUUUUAUCAAAAACAGUCUCCUUGCCGACCGCUUUACAAAGGAUCGCUGCAAUGACGGAGUUUUCGAAGGCAUGAGUCUUCCCGGCGCUUCUCCAAUCCCUGACGUAGUAUUAUUCACACACAAUCUGACCCUUUCAAAUGCAACACCACCUUAGGCAAAAGUUCUUAUCCACAACUCAGUGAUGGCUGCGGAAAUGCUUACCAUACUUAAUAUAUCGCUUCAUCUAACAGUAGGUUACCUAGCCCCCCGCCGCCAGGGUGGGCAACCAUUCAGGUCCCCAUGCGUUCGUCUCAACCCAACAAGCUCUCUUCAUCGACUGCUGGUUUACCCUCCAAAUGGUAACACCAGACUGUUCUCAAUGUAGUGAAAGAAAAGGUGAAUGCCUGGUUGAAGAGGGAAAAUUUAAAUGCACCACCAGAGAAAUAGGUAUGUACAUUUACAUGACCCUUUUUUCUAUCCGAUUCCUUCUGCAAAGGAUAUAACUCUUAGUAACAAGAAGGAUGCCAUGGAAGGAAAACGCCCUAGCGGAGCCACCACCAUUUUUUUGUAAUCCGUCUUCGUAGGCCAGCCAAUAUUGUUUGAAUCUUUUACUAUAGUGAUGCAUGUAAUGUAUAUGUAAAUUUGAUAAAUAAUUUGAAGUGAGUUUCAGAAGUUGA